AUGUACUUGAAAGGUAAAGAACUAUCUAUGAUUAAUGUUGUUGCAUUCAUUUGUUGGAAGCAGCGCUCUUCGCUUUCGUUGUCGGUGAUCACAAAGAUUUUUGUGCUUUCAACGCUAGCAACUACCAUCAAUCUUAAUGUUUACUAUGCUGGUAUGGCAUAUACUUCUCCAACAGUUGCAACCGCUUUGAGUAAUGUUGUCCUGAGUUUUACAUUCAUCAUGGCAGUGUUACUGGGGAUGGAGAAAGUGAAGAUCACAAGUCUUAGAGGAUGGGCUAAAAUGUUAGGCGCAGUUAUCUGCAUUACUGGUUCGCUGGUUUUCACCUUCUGGAAAGGAGGAUAUCUGUUCCAAAGUAUUGAGAGCAGGCCAUUGAUAAACAUUAAUAGCACCAAAGGUUCUGCUGGUGAGUACAGGCAUGCUAAAGAAAACUGGAUCAAGGGUUCUGCACUUAUUCUUACAAGCAAUAUUGCAGGGAGUGCGUCGCUAAUUCUCCAGGCUGUGGUUCACAAAGUCUAUCCAGCUCGUUUAUCGCUGAACACUUUGAUUUGCUUCUUCGCAUCAAUCCAAUCUUCUUUCCUUGCACUGUUUUGUGAAAGAAAUCCCGCAAUGUGGAAGUUGGAGUGGAAUGUGCAGCUCGUGACCAUUAUAUACUGUGGAGUAGUGAUCGCAGCAUUAGUCUACUACCUGCAAACAUGGUGUAUUAGUCACAACGGACCAGUUUUCGCAGCAAUGUUUACUCCACUACAAGUUGUCUUCGUCGGAAUAUUCUCAGCAAUUGCUUUUGCAGAAAGAAUUCAUUUGGGAAGCAUGAUAGGAACAGGUCUUAUUGUUCUUGGCCUUUACUGUGUACUGUGGGGCAAAAGGCAGGACGAAAAUGCUGCUAAGCAGCCUGAUGAAGGAAAAGGCAUCGGCGAUAAUAGAACAUUGGAGAUUUCUAUGGAUGACUACGCGUUAGCGAAUCCUGACCCAAGCGAAAGGAAGUGA